CAUUAAAUUGAAAAAGAAUUUGGGGUUUACCAUCGAUAAAAUCAAUGACAGUCCCUAAGUUUACUAGACUAGGUUUGAAGAGAGAGAAGAGAGAAAUUUUAAGGGUUUUGGUUGUACUUUAUAUUUUAUUAAAAACAGCAAUUCUUUGUCAAGAAAAUUUUUCUUUAAUGUCCUAUCAAAUAAUAAAAAAAAAAUCAGAUCCAGAUUGUUUGAAAUGCAAUUGUCUAAAAAUGACCCUUUCAAUCUGACAUCGGACAAUUUCCCAAAAGAAACACAGAAACAAAAAUCUCCGAAACCAUAUGAUCCCAGUUGACCCACUAAGACUACGAACAAUCCACCUCACAACUCAGUCAAAAAUGACAACUCCACCGAGUCAACUCCGAGUCCCACAAAUCAAAGUCAGUCACGGAGAACGAAGCAUCCCCGUCAUCGGAUUAGGUACUGCCGUGGAUCCUCCGGUAUCGGCGGAUGAAAUGAAGUCAGCGGUGUUGCGGGCCAUCGAAGUGGGCUAUCGACACUUCGAUACGGCCCAUAAGUAUAAAUCGGAGCAGCCCAUUGGUGAUGCGGUCCAAGAGGCUUUGAGUUUGGGCCUGGUCCAAUCCAGAGAUGAGCUCUUUAUCACUUCUAAGCUUUGGUGUGGUGAUGCUCACCCUAAUCUCGUUGUUCCUGGCCUCCAAAAAUCUCUCAGGAAUUUAAAAAUGGAGUGGAUUGAUUUGUAUUUGAUUCACUGGCCACUAAGCUGUCAACCUGGUAAAAAUGAUUUUCCAAUAAAGGAGGAUGAUUUUCUUCCCAUGGAUUUUCAAGGUGUUUGGGCCGCUAUGGAAGAGUGCCAGAAGCUUGGCCUUGCUAAAUGCAUUGGAGUUAGCAAUUUUUCCUGUAAGAAGCUCAAUGAUCUUCUGGUUAUAGCUAAAAUCCCACCUGCUGUUAAUCAAGUGGAGGUUAGUCCAUUUUGGCAACAGAAGAAGCUGAUAGACUUGUGCAAGGAAAAUGGUAUUCUUAUAACAGCUUAUUCUCCAUUAGGAGCCAUAGGAACCUUCUACGGCAGUAACAGGAUAUUGGAAUCUGAAGUGCUUCAGGAGAUUGCCAAAUCUAAAGGAAAGUCUAUACCUCAGGUAUGCUUGAGAUGGGCAUAUGAGCAGGGAAUUACUAUAGUUGUGAAGAGUUUCAAUAAGGAGAGAAUUAAAGAAAACCUUAUGAUUUUUGACUGGGAAUUGACUGAAGAAGACCAUGAAAAAAUCAGGGGAAUCCCUCAGAGUAGAGGGGUCACUGGCUGGCCUUAUCUAUCAAAGAAAGGGCCUUUUAAGACACUUGAAGAGCUUUGGGAUGGAGAGCUUUGACUAUGACAAGGCUUUAAACUUGACGGCUACAAAUGCAACGUUGUUGAGGAUGUAACCCUCAGGUGUUGAGAAUUGACUCACUUGAGAUAAUUAAUCUCACUUUUGAAAUUUUGAUCCGAAUAAGCCCCUCAACUGAAUACGAAACUAUCCUAUGUAGAUCUCCUGACAUGCCUUUCUUUCUAUGUUUUUGUAUUUCUGUCUGUUUCUUUUGUUGCAAAUGUCUGUUGACAUCUGGGAGGAGUUAGGAACUGUGUGCAAACAGUUUGGCUUAUGGCGAAUCAGCAACAAGCCUGCAGUGUCUCCUGCCAACACUUUAGAAGUGAACAAUUGAUGGUGUCAUGUUAGGUGUCUUGUCAGAACUGGAUGGUGGCUAGAAUCUCAAAUAUUGUGGAAUUGAUUGCAUUGUGUUUGCUCGUCUGACAUUUCCUCAUGGAUGAUUCUCUCAAGAAUCUGCCUGUCAUUAUGGAAUUUGGGUGCAAAACACAAACUCAAACCGAUCGUGGAGUAUAUGAUAUUGCAGAUGCAAGUGCCUACCGACAAAGGAGUGGGACUCGUAAAAGAUGAAGUUAUUGUGAAGCAAGGUUCACGGGUUCUGAUUCUGUUGGCACUCCAACAAUUUCAUCUCCUGCUAAUUCUAUUGUGUUUGACUUGAAGAAAAAGAAGAAAAACAAAAACAUUCAAUGGGCUAGACUCAACCUCAUUUUCCCUAAGUUUGGGCCAUAAUUUCAGGCUGAGGUGCGGCCCAAUCUAUUGUACCAAUUUUUAGGCCUGUCCCAUGAUUAGAUUUGGAAAUGGA